AGCAUGGAGGCAGGUGGUGAUGUUCCUGCUGGGGGCGCGGGGCUACAGGAAUGGACCGAGGUGGUGAGCCGGGAGAACAAGGCAGCGCUCUCAGCCUGGGUGCAAGAGACGGGCAUCCGGUUGGUGCAGGUGAACGGACAGAGGAAAUACGGCGGUCCUCCGCCAGGCUGGAAUGGCGGGACUCCGACUUCUGGGUCAGAGGUAUUCAUAGGUAAAAUCCCACAAGAUGUCUAUGAGGAUAAGCUAAUUCCUCUCUUCCAAAGUGUAGGGAAGCUAUACGAAUUCCGUCUCAUGAUGACUUUUAGUGGCCUGAAUCGCGGCUUUGCUUACGCCAAGUAUGCCAAUCGGCGCAGUGCCCAGGAGGCCAUUGCUGCGCUCAACAGCUUCGAGAUCCUACCUGGCCACCCCAUCGUGGUCUGCAGAAGCACUGAGAAGUGUGAGCUGUCGAUUGACGGGAUAGCGCUCUCCAUCAGAAAACGCCCAUUUCUACAGCUACUUUGCGAACUCACUGCAGGAGUGACCAACAUCUCCUUGCACCCAAGUCCUUUCCAGAACAGGAAGCAAUUUGCGACGGUGAAGUACGCCUCACAUUGGGCUGCUGCCAUGGCCAAAAAGGUCCUUGUAGAAGGGUCUUUAUGGGUAUGUGGAGACAACAUUGAGGUGGAUUGGCUGAAGCCAUCCCUGAAACAAGAACUCAACAUCCGCACCUCUGUGCAAGCCGUCCCGGAGAUCUUGCCACCCGGCUGCUCAGCUGAAGAUGCCCCCAGCCAAGGGCCAGUUGAUCGUCCUGUGCCACUGGCAGUGGGUAGUGUUCUAGACUACCUAAACUUGCAGUGUGAGGAGGGGCAGCUGGGGACCCCUGUGUUCCUUACCAAGUGCAUCCAGAAGAAACGUGGCUGGACUCAGUUUUGGUAUCAAGUGGUGAUCCCAAACUACCUGUCACCCUUCAGCGGGUUAAUUUGGAUCAAGCAAGAUGAGGCUGUCGUGGAAGACCAUGAAAAGGCAAAGAAUGUAAUAGCACUACAAGUACUUAAAGUCUUGGGGUGUCCUCCAAGAAGAUUUCUGAAGAAGAAUGCCCUGCCCUGCUUCAGUGCAUGACACAUCUCAACAGUUGCCUGCUUGGGGCCUCUGCGCCUCAUCCUGCUCCCUACGGUGGCUGUACUGAGUCAACCCCCUUGGGAAAAAAUGAACGUCUGUCCCGUCCUUCCUUUCCCUGUGGGGCUUGUCUUAUUUGGGGGUCUGUUUUUGUUCUUGUUUUAAGUGCCUAGCCCUUAAGUGAAUCUUCGGUUCUUGUUUUGAGAUAGUUUGAAUAGUCUGUUUUGGGGGAGGGUGCAUGUUUUGUUCACUAGUAGUUUAGGGGUAAUUUGUAAUGUCUCAUCACUGGGUGUCUUUUUUUCCCCUUUUAAUCUUUCUUGGAAGCGUGACAGUUCCGUGCAUGUCUUGUGCGUUGUUUACGAUGCUCGCUCUGGCUUAAAAAUCACAGGGCCAAACGGGACCUGCUAGUUCCAUGAAGGAAGUUUUUUGUUGUUUGGGAUCUUGUUUAACAAUCUCCUGCUUUGGAAGAGCAGCCAUGGGGCAGAGGCUUAACCCCUUCCCCUCCCACUGACCCAGAUUGGGCACCUGAGGAAGAGCUCCUAUUCAUAGAAGUCCCAGAGUUGGGUCUGACUUGCCACCCGGCUGUGGUCAUGGAGAGGGCUGUUUUGUUUUCUUUUGACCUUUCUUUGGAUUUUAAACAUUCCUCGUGUAUUGAAAUUUUUUUUUCUCCUGUAGCAAAGUUAAAGGUUUACUUGACCAUGUACCAUCUGGGUGGAGAGAGCGUCGGACAGGGAUUCUCUCUGUGCCUUAACUGUUCAGGCAGCCUUUAUCUGCUCGAACCGUAUGUUCAAAACUUCCUUAUUUUAGAAGGUCUUCCUUGAACCUGGGUUGUGCUGUGCAAGCUCAGGGAGUCCUUACUUCAGCACAGCUGUGGCGACCAAGUGCCUUUUUAAACUUUGGAAACAGUCUUUAUGAAUACGGCAGGGAAAGCAUACGCCUGUCGCCUUAAUGUUUUAAAAGGUUCUGCAAAAGCACGU